AUGUCCAAGAAGAGAAAGCGGGAUCUGGCCCAUGAUCACGAUCAGGAUGACUCGACCGUUACCCAAGAACAGCCACACCCUAAUCCUCAGACGGCGGUGUCAGACCCCCCCGCGAAGUCGAAGGGACAGCUAAGGCAAGCGAAAUCGGAGAAGAGAUCUAAAAAGCAGAGAAAGUCGAGGGAGCAGGAGACGGGACAAGAAACCUCUGUCAUUGAAGGCACGGCCACUUCUGCAGCCGACGCAGUUUCGACGGCGGUGGACCGAAGCGAUGAUAUUCCCCAAGCGAGUGUAGGAAAGACAGGCGAGAAAACGAAGAAACCAAGAACUCAAAGGGAUGACGGCGAAAAGAAAACGACCACUCCUACUCGUUUCAUUGUCUUCGUUGGCAACCUACCUUUCGAGACCACACCAGAGCAAAUAAAGAAGCACUUCUCGAAAAUCGCCCCGACUUCUGUGCGCCUCUCGACGGACAAGAAAACAGGGAAGAGCAAGGGUUUUGCGUUUGUGGAAUUCGACAACUACGACAAAAUGAAGACUUGUUUGAAGUUGUAUCAUCAUUCUAUGUUUGAGCCAGAUGGCAAGGAGAGGGGAACAGACGGAAUAGAUGGCGAGAGAAAUGAGGGAGAGCAGUCACCGCAGAGGCAGGCAAAGAAAGGCAAAGGGCGAAGGAUAAAUGUUGAACUGACCGCCGGAGGUGGCGGUAAAAAAAGCAAAGACCGCCAGGCCAAGAUCAAGACGAGAAAUGAAAAACUCAAAGAGGAGAGGGAGAGGAGAAGGAUCAAGGAGAAAGCUGAGCGCGAAAAGGCCGGGUUGAAGAAAAAAGGUCCGCCCGAGACGGGUGCAAAUGCAAUUGCUGUGGCCGACAGUGAGGUCAAGGACGACCGUAGGGACAUCCAUCCUAGUCGACUGUCUCGGGUGAUGCUUUGA